AUGGGAAUGCGUAAACAUGCUCAAUUUCUUGCUCGGACAGUUAUGGUUCAAGAUAAUAAUAUAGAAAAAGCUUCUCGUUUGUUAAAUAGCAUAUUGUCAAAAGAAGGUAUUUUUGAACAAUAUAGACGUACUAGAUACUAUGAAAAACCUACCCAAACAAGAAGGAGGAUUAAUUUUGAAAAAUGUAAAGCUAUUUAUACCGAGGACAUGACUAGAAAAAUUCAGUUUAUUUUAAGAAAAAAUAGAGAAAAUCCAUAUCCUGGCUCUGACUAAACUGUACUUAUGUUUUCAUUAAGUGUCUUGUAUAAUUUUAAAGUCAUCUGUAAGUUUGUAUGCAUAUGAUAUAGUGGUAAAUAUCCUUACUUUAUGUAUAUUCUGUAUAACUGGUUAAAAGACGUUAAAUAAAUUACAAACGUAUGCCGUCGGUAUGUCAGAAGCUGAUACACAGAAUUCCAUUUAAUGUCACGUCUAUCUUAUCAUUAGCCAGUUAUAUCAUUACAUCUGUACCUCGUUUAUGGUCAUAUGUCAUAUAUUAUUUCAUGCUGAAUCGGUAACGUCAGAAAUUACACAAAAAAUUAC